CAAAGCUCCAAACAGAGGAAAUACUCACUAAACGAUAUUGCUACUUAACGUGGAUUUAAAAAAAAUGACUUUUGAAGAAUUUACUGGACAAGACAACACACCAGCCACUGGCGAUAGAAUGCAGACUGCAGGAACAGCUCUAAAGGAGCUCCUGGUCUCCGCUAAAAAGCAGGACUGUCUUACCGUGGGUGUGUAUGAGUCUGCACAAGUUAUGAAUGUUGACCCGGACAGUGUGGCUUUCUGUGUCCUGGCCACGGAUGAAGAAUAUGAAUGUGAUAUAGCCCUUCAGAUCCACUUCACUCUCAUCCAAGCCUUCUGCUUCGACAACGACAUCAACAUUGUUCGUGUGAACGAUAUUGAUCGUCUUGCUGACAUCGUGGGCAGCGACCAGGAUGAGGAACCUAAGGACCCACACUGCAUACUUGUAACGAGCCCAAACGCCGACUCUUUGAAGGACUCUGCUCUUGAGAGACUGGGCAUGUUUUGUGAGGAGAGUCGCAAUGUCUAUGAAUGGCUGCCUACUAUUACUCUGCCAGAACGCUGAUUGGGGAUCAUUUUGGCAUGUUCUUAUGAAUGAAGCAGGAAUUUAAGUCGAAGACUUGUUGUGAAGACGUCUGUCCUGAAGGUGCUCAGCUCAAAGCUAAAAGCUUUGACAUGUUGUCUGGAUUACCCUGAAACAGGGGAAGAGACAAGUGGACAGUCCCAGCGUGCGGUUGGCCAUCCUGAAAAAGCUGCAGUUAUGAAUCUUAUUUGGAUGAGCAUGGAUAAGUCUUUUAUGCCACUCAAGUCUAUUGUGGUGGUAUCAUGGAGACAAUAGAGGACUGGUGGACUGUGAGGGCACAUGAAAUUGUUGGAGGUGAAAAGCCUUGGAAUAAGGAAUGCGAAGAUAUGGAUUUUAAAGAGGUGUGACACUGAAGAACUAAUUGUUUUGUGGUUGAAUGGACACUUUGGAAGUUGUCUGAAAAAUAUUACAUAGACACUAGAAUAACUUGUUUUGGAAAAAAAAGAUCGAUUUUCCUUGUUUGCUGGUGUAUGAAGUUCUGUAUUUUUGUCAAAGAUUCACAAUGCAAUGUUAAAUUGUGGCGAAGAUGCAUAAAGACAUUUUUGAAAAUUGAAAUAAAUGCUUUAAAUAUGCAA